AUGGAUACACCAUCUCCACUCAGGAAGAAAGCAUUAGUGGAGAAUCCAAUAAUGAAGACGUGGAGAAAAAUGAAGUCUUUUGGGUAUACAACCUCUUCGACCACGGCCUCGAUCAAGAAGAGCAAGUCUUGGAACGGGGCUGUUCUUAUCGAUGAUGCUAAGAGCAACGAACCAAAAGUAAAGAUCAAGAAAGAUUCGCCGCCACCACAUGGGUGUUUCACCGUAUACGUCGGUCCCACGAGACAGAGAAUUGUAGUGAAGACGAAAUUGGUGAACCAUCCUUUGUUCAAGAACUUGUUAGAAGACGCAGAGACCGAGUAUGGGUAUAGACGUGAUGGACCCAUUGUUCUUCCUUGCGAGGUUGACUUUUUCUUCAAGGUUUUGGCCGAUAUGAAGUCAAAUGAUUGUCAUGAUCAUGAUGAUUAUAAUGAUGAAGAUGAUGGUUUGGUUAGUCCUCCGAUUUGCGGGCUAGGUAGUCCGUAUCGAUCAUGCAGUCGUGGUGGUAUGGACUCUAUGGCCAUGAGACGUAAUGGCUCAUACAAGAUUCUUCGAUCUCCGUCUUUGUUCAAGUUGAAUAGAUUUUAA